AUGGCUGACAAGCGUCAAGCUCAUAAUGGUCGUAUUCGUACUAGAAAGACGACAGUAAACGAUGAGGAGGAGGAGGAGGAUGUAGUGAAGAAAGAGGAUGAGUUUUAUCCAUUACUCAAGCAAUUACAGUCAAUACAAUUGAUACACAAACAAGAACACUUACAAAAGGCAUAUCGCUUCUGGCAUACUCAACCUGUCCCUCAAUUCCAUGAGACACUAAUCAAGUCAGUUUCUUGUCCACAUGGACCAAUUGACAUGUCUCAAAAGAUGUUACAGAACGUGAGACAGGACCCAUAUCAUUUACCAGCUGGUUUUACAUGGUCCAUUCUGAAUCUCAUGGACUUAUCCGAUCGAAAUCAAGUAUAUGAGUUAUUAGCCAGGAAUUAUGUUGAAGACAGUGCCAGCAAGUUUCGAUUCGACUAUUCAGUUAAUUUUCUACAAUGGGCACUCACGCCUCCAGGCUUUCACAAGGAUUGGCACAUUGGUGUACGUAGCACGACUAAUUAUAAACUCAUGGCCUUUGUAUCGGGUAUUCCAGUCAAGAUUCGAGUGUAUAAAGAGACGCUACAAAUGGCAGAGAUUAAUUUUCUCUGUGUACAUAAGAGACUUCGAGAUCGCAGAUUAGCUCCAGUUCUGAUUAAAGAGGUGACACGAAGAGUCAACCUUUCCAAUGUGUGGCAGGCUAUAUACACAGCUGGAGUGAUGCUGCCUAUGCCUAUAGCACAAUGUCGAUACUUUCAUCGACCAUUGAACCCGAAAAAGCUCGUAGAAGUCGGAUUUUCCCCGCUAUCGCCACAAACGACGCUGGCGCAGAAGAUCAAGACGUUUACGCUACCAGCUCACACACUGACGCCGUUUUUACGGCCAAUGGAGCGGAUAGAUGUUUCCAAGGUCGCGAAAUUGCUUCGAGAAUACUUGACCAAGUUUCAUCUUGCGGUUGAGCUUAGUGAAGAAGAGGUUGCACACUGGAUGGUGCCUCGCGUGGGGGUAGUGAACACCUACGUGGUCGAAAAUCCGAACACAGAAGAAAUUACAGACGUCUGCAGCUUUUACCACCUGCCGUCGACUAUUAUCGGUGAUGACAAACACAAGAAACUUUACGCUGUAUACUCUUUCUACAAUGUGGCCAAAUCGGUGACACUAACGCAAUUGAUGCAGGAUGCGCUAAUCAUGGCGAAAAAGGAACACGCGGACGUGUUCAAUGCGCUCGAUGUGAUGGAAAAUAUUGAGAUGCUACAACCUCUCAAGUUCGGACCUGGCACGGGAGAGUUGCAGUAUUAUUUGUAUAAUUGGCGAUGUCCUCGGAUGAGCAGUGACUGCGUGGGCAUCGUAUUGUGCUAG